AUGGAAAAUGAGGAGGAUCUUGAGGAUCCAUCUCAAGCCAGCGAUGCGCACACACAUAGUCAGAGCCAUCAUCAUCCUCAUCAUCACCAUCAUAGUCAGCAUAAACAUAAACAUAUGACCAAGCAGCAUAAAGAAAGAAAGAUGUCAAAUGCAUCGGCUUCGUCUUCACCUAUUCAGGACCGUCUACGUGGAGAUGGGCCACUACCUCAGCCUUUGAAUCCAUUGGUUGACUCCAGAAAUCUUCGCAGCAAGAUGCUUGCCACAGAUGAAGAUGGUGAAGAGGAUGAGUAUGCCGUUAAAUUUCAGGACAGAUAUGGAUCUUCGGUGUUUCCAGAGAGAGAGAGGUCCUCUAUGGAUAGGACUGCCACUUCUACCAAGGAAAGAAUUGCCUUGUCGCCUAGAAAACGGUCGAGAUCUGUCACCGAACAGGUUCGAAUGUUGAUAAGAUCCAAGGACGACUCGCAGAGAUAUAGCGGUAUUCUUUUACCUUCUAGGAACAGUCCUGGUAAUAGCAGUACCAUAUCACGCUCUGUAUCAAAUAAUGGAGUUACCAUUGUUGAUAACCCUCCAAUAGGACGUGUCACUUCAUCUGCAUCUAGUAGAUUGUCUAAGAACUCUCGUGGUUCUAGGUUCUCGGCCCAUUCAGAGGGCUCUCAUCGUAGAGACAGUAUGGAUAGCGAUGAUAGUGAUGUCGAUUCCCAUGGUUCUAGAGAUUCUCAGGAGACUGAAGAAGAUGUUUGUUUCCCUAUGGUUCCAAAACACAUCCGUGUGAGAGGUAUCGAUUUCGAUGAGGUGGAAGAAUUCAUAACCGAACAACGAUUAGAGAAUGAAGAGAUACUCAAGAGAGAGAUUGGCUUACGCUCACAAGCUUCUGGUGUUUCAACAAGUUCUGAAAAAUUAAGCACUGCUGCUUUGAAAUAUACUCCUAGGUUGAAAAAGCGGGGACGGACUGAACAACCGCCAGCCACAGAGAGUAUCGAUGAACAUACUAGCUCCAAUGAAAAGCUCAGCGAUGAAGGGGCAUCGAAUUCUUUGUCAUUCCAUGAAAUCAUGUCCAACAGCUCAAAAUUGUCAACAACUACCUCUGAGUCUCACCCAGAUUCCGAUGGAGUUCCUGACCGUUUCAGUUUCUUCAAUUCAGCUUGUGAAGAGACUAUUCAUGCACCAGAUAUUCCCUCUUUGGUUGUUCCAGGGAAGUCCGUGCGGUCCCUUUUCGAACCCCAAGACUCGAUUUGGUGGCUGGACUGUAUAUGUCCCACAGACGAUGAAAUGAAGAUGUUAGCUAAGGCUUUUGGUAUUCAUCCUUUGACUGCUGAAGAUAUCAGAAUGCAGGAAGCUCGUGAAAAGGUGGAACUUUUCCGCUCUUACUAUUUUGUCUGUUUCCAUACUUUUGAAACGGACAGUGAGAGUGAAGAUUUCCUUGAGCCUAUCAACGUGUACUUAGUUGUUUUCCGCCAAGGUAUGCUUACCUUCCAUUUUGCUCCGAUUACCAAUCCAGCUAAUGUGAGAAGAAGAGUUCGUCAGCUUCGUGAUUACGUGGACGUUUCUGCAGAUUGGCUUUGUUAUGCUAUGAUUGAUGAUAUCACCGAUGGUUUUGCUCCAGUUAUUCACACAAUCGAAUAUGAAGCUGAUGCCAUUGAGGAUUCUGUGUUUCUUUCUAGAAGUAACGAUUUUAGGGCCAUGAUAUUCCGAAUUGGUGAGUCGAGAAGGAAAGUGAUGACUCUAAUGAGAUUGCUCCAGGGCAAAGCUGAUGUCAUUAAGAUGUUUGCCAAACGAUGUCACGAGGAUAAAGGACCAUUGGCUGCACAAUCUGCGCAGCCAAGGGCUGAUAUUGCCCUAUAUCUCGGUGAUAUACAGGAUCAUAUCAUUACUAUGUUCCAGUCACUUCUAUCCUACGAGAAGAUCUUUACUCGGUCUCACUCCAAUUACUUGGCCCAGCUUCAAGUAGAAUCGUUUUAUUCGAACAAUCAGGUCACCGAUAUGUUAUCCAAAGUUACUAUGAUUGGAACUAUAUUGGUGCCAAUGAACUUGGUGACAGGUUUAUUUGGUAUGAAUGUCAGAGUUCCUGGCAAAGAUGGUUCCAACUAUGGAUGGUUUGGAGGCAUCCUAGGAUUCAUUAUUGUGAUGAUCGUGGUUUGUGGUCUGGCUGCUAACUGGUACAUGGAUCGUGCACAACGUAGAGAUAGUGGACUAGGUGGUAAUUCGCCCGGUAUGUCAAUAAGGACUUUUGGAUUUGGAAGGAGAACUAAGGAGGCGCAAAGAGAUCACACCAAUAGGUCGAUGGUCAGCUUGCCAAGUCGUUUUACUCGAUAUGGAGACUGGUCUUGA